CGGAACCAAGAUCUGUAGCAUCAUUCGCUAGUUAACAUCAUAUACCUCUUCACCGUUUCCAUUGCUGCAUCUUUCUGCUCUUUCUUCCUGAAAUACUUCUCCAAAAACAUUUACUUGGGAUAGGACGUUGGGGUGAACGCUAGUUACGGGCCUUGACAUUCAUGCCGAGGAAAAAAAGUGAUAUCCCUUCUGCGACCCGUCUUCGCGAUAAUCAACGCCGUUCGAGAGCUCGUCGCAAAGAACUUAUUCUAGAGCUUCAACAUCGAGUGCACCAAUAUGAGCAGAAAGAGCUUCAAGCCACAAUCUUCAUGCAGGCUGCCGCAAGAAAGGUUGCGCGGGAGAACGAUUGCCUACGAAAGCUUCUCAUCCAGAAAGGAGUAUCGGAGAGCGAGAUCAACGCCUUUUUAGUCGAGGAAUGUUCUAGCUCAGCAGCGACAUCGCCAAACGAUGUGCCACUUCCUCGUUCACAAGAAUCUCAUGUAAAGCCUUGGUCCUAUGCUCACAAUAUGCCUGUUCGGCAGCAUAUAAUCUCGGAAAACGAUGAUAUGGAAAGAUGCGAAACCGAUUUUCAUCAAAAAAGGCCAGAAACCGGUUCACGCAUGGCAGGUUUGUCGCACAACUCAGAGCAGAUAGACGUGGCCGUUCCGGAUUCACCGCUCACAAGUUCAGUGAUUGAUGAGCAAACAGUGCUCAAAACUCCCCAAGAAAUCGCACAAACCAGGGAUAACGUCGCUGACGGACAAAGCCAACCUGACUUCUUGACGAAUUUUGACAGCGGUCGAUGCCGCUCAUCCUCAAUGCUAUCCAGUUAUUCGUACCCAGCCAAGUCGACAAAAACACAAUACAAUUAUCAGGAGACAAGGUUAGAAAUGUCUUGUGAAACUGCGGCUGGGAUCAUCGCGGGUAUGCGAGGUCAUGGCGAUAUGGCUUUGGCGAGGUCCGAACUGGGCUGUACGACAGAGAGCCAUUGCAACGUCAAAACGGUCGACGUGCUACAAGUUAUGGAAGCUGAUUAAUAGUUGAUGGACUGAUCUCCAAGUCGAAAAUUCUCGAGAGAAUGAAGCUGUUCAAAUCCCCGAUUGACCUGGAUCGCGAGAUUAAUAUGAACACACGUCAAGCCAGCCUUGCAGAAGAGAAAAAAAAGCUUCACCCGCCAAGCCAUGAUACGAGAAAUGUCCCGUCCCUUAUUGUUUUUAACAUCUAGAGGCUAUCUAGGUUUAAUGCCUAAAUUCCGUUAAGGUUGGCAAUUUCCUUGAAGGCGCACUGAAACCGUACACUUUACGUCAGUAAUCUGACCGAAUUGUUCAAACUCUUAGAGGAGAUAUAUAUGCAUGGUUUUACGUUUGGAGGAGCAAUAACGCCUCAUGUCUUAAACGGAUCGCGAAUUUCAGUUGACCAAGCACAUCAAGUGGAACAAAGUUGCUUGAACUAUGUGAUAUCCAAUUAAUAUAUAGAGACCGGUUAGGCAUUACUUUCGCACUGGAGGUACAGGUCGAACUUGACAACUAGCGGAGGGGAAAUCCGCUAAUUUGACUGCCUUCAUAGGAGUAUACCACUGGAAGUAGCCUUGCUGCGUAAGUCAUGCUUAGAUGUACUGCAAUUCUAUAUCUUGACUUGCACAUUUUUCUCCUCGUUUUGUUUUCUAAAUUUUACACAUUGAAUCCUCACGUGCCUCAUGGCCGGACAUCUUUCAGGUACCG